UCCCUCGUGGGUAAGUCACCCGGGGGCGGAAGAGCAGCGGGGGCGGGAGGGUUGUAGAGUUACACGUUGAGCUCCAGUUGCGGGUCCUUAAGUGGUCGCGCCCCCUUGGAGAACGCGACCUGACGGCUAGGCGGUCCUGGCUCUUCCGCCUCGCGGUGUUUGUAAAGUGCUGACCCCUGAACAUAGUUGAAACAGAAAAUAGGAAGAUGGCAGCAAACCCUUCAGGACAAGGUUUUCAAAACAAAAAUAGAGUUGCAAUCUUGGCAGAGCUGGACAAAGAAAAAAGAAAGUUACUAAUGCAGAACCAAUCUUCAACAAAUCAUCCUGGAGCUAGCAUUGCACUCUCAAGACCCGCCCUCAACAAGGACUUCCGGGACCACGCUGAGCAGCAGCAUAUUGCAGCCCAGCAGAAGGCAGCUUUGCAGCAUGCACACGCACAUUCCUCGGGAUACUUCAUAACUCAAGAUUCUGCAUUUGGGAAUCUCAUUCUUCCUGUUUUACCUCGCCUUGACCCAGAAUGAAGAAAAGAUCUGUAACGGCAGUGACUUUGUAAUGUCAAAUGCCAAAGCCACUAUCAUUCAGUGCUAUACAAACUGUGACUUUCAGAAUUUGGUGGACUUUUUUUUAUAUGUUUUGUUUCUUUAAAAGAAAAAUAUGUGUAAGUGAAAGCAAAAAAAGGAGACUGAUGAAAGCUCUGGAAGCUGUAUUAUCUGGGAACUGAUGCUGCUGCUCAGGACUAUAAUCUGUGUGUAAGGCAGUUUGUUUUUUAAUUCUGAAUCAGACCCCAGAUUGGAUGUGGUCACAUAACCCACCUUCCAAACUAGUUGGACUGAAUAUAUCAUGUCUACAGUAGAGUUUCAAGAACCAUUUAAAGUACUUUAUAAACAAAUGAGGGCGCUGUUUAAAAAUGUGAACCAGUAGGCUUGUUACAUUCACAUUUGCUGUUUAUAGAAUUGAUAUCAGUGUACCUUUUGUGUUUAUAGUCAUCAAAUCCUAAAGUAUCCUUUAACUGGUAACUAGUUUCCCUAUUCUCAAUUUUAAAAGAAAACCCAAGAUGUGAGUAAGUUACCAGCCAGUCGUAAAUGCCUUUUAUAAACCUAUGCCACUGUAAAUUAUGUGACUAAAUGCUAUUAAAAACAAUAAGAAAUAUAGCUUUGAAUUUUGUACAUGUUCUUAUUUAUUGUUACUACAUAAAUGGUGUGCCUGAACAGUUUUAUUGCCCAUUUUUGCUCUAAUUAGAAACAAAGUUGAGCUGCUUUUCAGUUAAAGAGGAAAGAAUUAGGUUAAGCAAGUUUCUCAACAUGAUGUAUCUUUGAACAGAAUCCAGGAUGCUUACUUAAAUAGGCAUUCCCCACAACUGACCUUAGUCCUACGGAAUUAGUGUCUCCAAUUCAAAAUAAAGUCUGAAAACCAUGGGCUAGAGAAUUCAGUGUUCACGAUAUCUAAAAAUCUAUACAUAUGUAGGUCCCUGAACCUUAGAGGUCAUUGAGCUAAUGGUAUUUUUUUUUUUUUUUACUUUCAGUAGGAUUGAAAUUGUUUUAUACUGUAUCACAGAUACAGUAUUUUUUAUAACUGACCUCAUCUUGGCCUUAAGUCCCCAUCCUGUCUGGUGGUAGGAUGAGAUUUUAAACUGGAAGUUACAGUUUGAGUGAAGAAUUAGAAAAAGUUCAUGUCCCUUUUUGAACAGAUUCUCCUUCAUUUCCUUAGGUAUUUGUUCCAUACACUCAGCCCCAUCUCACCUAAAUUGUACGAAGCAGGAGUGGACAGUUCUAGAUACGGCUGUGCCAUUUAGAUUCUCUCUGUUGAGAAUUGGGACUGGUUUUCCUCAUUUGCGUGAGUUGGCAGCUGUCCCCAUUGUAAUGGUCACCGGUACAGCAAAGGUGCCGUUUCUCCCACUGCUGGCGAGCACCCAGGCCUUUGCCUCUGCCUGUCCAGGUUCACGCAGCUAGCCUUGGCCCUCUUUUUCUUGAAUCAAUGUAAGUUACUCUUCCGUGCAAUCCCUGAGCUACUGGCAUCAUUCUAAAUCUACUGAUGCUAGGGAUGUAACAUUUUUGGAUUGAACAGUUUUUAUACUAUUGAUGCUUCUACCAAACAUGUAACUCUUAUAACCUGGGUGAGAUCUUUUUCCCGGUGGUAUCUUUCUGGUCUCAGCCCUUUAAAUAGAUAUCGCCUAAGCAUCUAAAUCUUUCAGUCCUGACUAGUAAGCACUUCCUCCACCCCUUUCCUUACAAAUUCAGUUCAGUUCCAGUUCAGUUCCAUGUGUAUUUACUAAUGCCUGCUCUGUAAAGCACUGUCCUUUAAGGGGAAGAGAUAGCUAAGACCUGCUCUUAAGCCGCAGUGCAGAGGAGCCCACUCUGGUGCGGCAGCGAGGAAGCAACAUCCAGUGCAGGGCCCAGGAGCGGCCAAACCUGAGCACACACAGUCUAGUCAGGCCUAGAAGUUACUAAUGCGGUCUUCCCUGGCAGGGAGAGAAGGUCUUCCCCAGGCAGAGCUCAGGAUUUCACCAUCAAAGUAGGGACUGCGACAGCAGUGAGGACCGCAGAGGAUAAUGGGGAGGGUGGCAGUGGGCUCCAGUGGUGCUUCCCUCGGGUUGCAGGCGUGGCCGACCCACUUAACCUUAAGGCUUACCUGUCGCUCUGUCUCCUCUGUAAAAGGGG